AUGCAAGUGAAAUUUCUGCAACAAAUUUCAAAAACUGUAUUUGGCGAGGCCCAAGUCUCAGCAAUUUGUUUCUCACCGAAUGGUCAAAAAUUAGGUAUUUGUGUUGAUCGUGUUGUUCAACUAUACGACGAUCUGGGUGAACUUCGGGAUCGAUUCGCAACAAAACCGAUCGAUUUUAAGUACGAACGUUCAUCCUACGUGGUGACGGACAUGGCUUUCUCACCGGAUAGUACCGCACUGGCAGUGGCUCAAUCUGACAAUAUUGUGUUCGUGUACAACGUAACUACUCUGAUCUGGUUACCGGAUGAACAACUUAUAUUCGGUUUAGCUGAUGGAAAAAUACGUUCGGGUAAUGUGAAAAAGAAUAAAUCGCAUACGCUCUUCACCGGUGAACAAUAUGCAGUAGCUCUGACCGCCAAUGUUUCACGCAAAGCCAUUUUAUCUGGUCAUUCAGAUGGAGCGAUUUGUCGAUUUAUAAUCGAAGAUGAAGGUACUGGUGAUAAGUCUGGCCUAAUCGUACGGCAUUCAUGUCCACCAUGUGCUCUAGUAUGGAGUGCGCACGGCAUUGUGGUUGGUGGAUGUGAUCGUCGCGUAGUGGUUUACAGUAAAGAUGGUGGAAUCUUGCAACAAUUUGAUUAUAGUCAUGAGCCGACAGCACACGGAUUUGGUGUCGGUAUUUGUGAUCCGACCGCAUCAACAUCUGUAAACAAACAAUCAUCGCAAAUAUCCUCUACAGCUCUGGUCAAUAAUAAUAGUAAUAAACGUGGAAAGUCAGAUGAAUGGGUUCUUCUUAAACGACGUCGAUAUGAUUCAACUCCAAAAUAG